GCUGCGCAGUCGCGGUAGCUGCUGCGGCCGCUCCUAGCCCGAGGGAUCCUGGGACUAGGCCUUUCCGGAAGGACCGGCUAGGCGUCCGGCUGGAGGUCGGUAUUCCAGGCCUGUGUUCCAGGCCCUUGCUCCAGGACAGCCCCGUGGCCGCGGCAACGCUUUACUGACAGCGGGGGACCCACGGGCCGGGCCGGUCGCUGAGGUGCCCGGCCUCGCCGCCGAGCGAGCCGCGGAGCUGCAGUACGUGGCGGCGCCUCCCCCUCGGUCCGGAGCGGAACUGCUGGAAGAGCAGCAGCGCAGGCCGCCGGACCAGGUGAACCGUGUUGCUUAACCGCCUUCAGGUGAUGAAUCAUCUGCAUAACAGUCAGAUUUGAGGUCCACAGCCCAUUGUGGCCCUGCUGCACAACAAUUUAAAGUGGAUGACUGACUGGUGUGCCUGAGGGUUGCCACGGUGCCCGCUGCCCUUGGCAGGGAAAGGGAGCUCUUCUGCUCUUUGGACACCUCGUUUCCUUGAAAGCAUUCCAGUUUCUCAGGCCUACGCCUUUGUGCAAGAGGCUUUCCCAUGAAAGUGUCACUGGGUAACGGAGAAAUGGGCGUCUCCGCCCAUUUACAGCCUUGUAAGGCAGGAACCACACGCUUUUUUACCAGCAAUACCCACAGUUCGGUGGUAUUGCAAGGCUUUGAUCAGCUCAGAAUAGAAGGAUUGCUUUGUGAUGUGACUUUGGUACCAGGUGAUGGAGAGGAAAUCUUUCCCGUUCACAGAGCUAUGAUGGCGUCUGCUAGCGAUUAUUUCAAGGCUAUGUUCACAGGUGGAAUGAAAGAACAAGAUUUAAUGUGUAUUAAGCUUCAUGGGGUGAACAAGGUUGGUCUUAAGAAAAUAAUUGACUUUAUUUAUACUGCAAAACUGUCUCUCAAUAUGGACACUCUCCAGGACACACUUGAAGCUGCCAGCUUUUUACAAAUUUUACCUGUUUUGGACUUCUGUAAAGUGUUUCUUAUUUCAGGAGUCUCUUUAGAUAACUGUGUUGAAGUUGGGCGAAUAGCUAACACCUAUAACCUUAUAGAGGUGGAUAAAUAUGUCAAUAACUUCAUUCUGAAGAAUUUUCCUGCGUUAUUGAGUACUGGGGAGUUUCUGAAACUGCCUUUUGAACGCCUUGCUUUUGUGCUUUCCAGUAAUAGUCUUAAGCACUGUACUGAACUUGAGCUCUUCAAGGCUGCCUGUCGCUGGCUAAGGUUGGAAGACCCUCGGAUGGAUUAUGCUGCAAAAUUAAUGAAGAAUAUUCGGUUUCCACUAAUGACCCCGCAGGACCUCAUCAAUUAUGUGCAGACAGUAGAUUUCAUGAGAACAGACAAUACCUGUGUUAAUUUGCUUUUAGAAGCUAGCAAUUACCAAAUGAUGCCAUAUAUGCAGCCGGUGAUGCAGUCAGAUAGAACAGCCAUUCGAUCUGACUCGACACACUUGGUUACAUUAGGAGGAGUUUUGAGGCAGCAGCUGGUUGUCAGUAAAGAAUUGCGGAUGUAUGAUGAAAGGGCACAAGAGUGGAGAUCUUUAGCCCCCAUGGAUGCUCCUCGUUACCAGCAUGGCAUUGCUGUCAUUGGAAACUUUCUUUAUGUAGUUGGUGGUCAAAGUAAUUAUGAUACGAAAGGAAAAACCGCUGUUGAUACAGUUUUCAGAUUUGAUCCUCGGUAUAAUAAAUGGAUGCAGGUUGCAUCAUUAAAUGAAAAGCGCACCUUCUUCCACUUGAGUGCCCUCAAAGGACAUUUGUAUGCUGUUGGUGGGCGAAGUGCAGCUGGUGAACUGGCCACAGUAGAAUGUUAUAAUCCAAGAAUGAAUGAGUGGAGCUAUGUUGCAAAAAUGAGUGAACCCCACUAUGGCCAUGCAGGAACAGUGUAUGGAGGUUUAAUGUAUAUUUCGGGAGGAAUUACUCAUGACACUUUCCAAAAUGAACUCAUGUGUUUUGACCCAGAUACAGACAAAUGGACACAGAAGGCUCCAAUGACUACAGUCAGAGGUCUGCAUUGCAUGUGUACAGUUGGAGACAAGCUCUAUGUCAUUGGUGGCAAUCACUUCAGAGGAACAAGUGAUUAUGAUGAUGUUCUAAGCUGUGAAUACUAUUCACCAACCCUUGACCAGUGGACACCAAUUGCUGCUAUGUUAAGAGGUCAAAGUGAUGUUGGAGUUGCUGUCUUUGAAAAUAAAAUCUAUGUUGUAGGUGGAUAUUCUUGGAAUAAUCGUUGUAUGGUAGAAAUUGUCCAGAAAUAUGAUCCAGACAAGGAUGAGUGGCAUAAAGUUUUUGACCUUCCAGAGUCUCUUGGUGGCAUUCGAGCUUGUACUCUCACAGUUUUUCCACCUGAAGAAAACCCUGGGUCACCUUCUAGAGAAUCACCUCUCUCAGCACCUUCAGAUCAUUCCUAGGACUAAAGUGUUUUAUCUUUGCAGUGCAUAAUGGAUGAUCUCCUUCUUCCCCUUCAGUUGUAGCUUCCAAUGAUUGGUUGAGUUAUUAGAUAAAAAGGUAACUGAUGUUAUUUGUAUUGUUUGGCUUAGUAUGUUUAUCAAAUGGUUAAAUGCAUUCUGAAAAUAUUCAGUAUAGCCAGCUGUUAAACAAAAAGAUCUGUAAAAAUAUGUUAGAUGGCUUUUUGUGGUGUUAUGUAAGUCAGAUUGUUGGUGAUUGUAAUAAAUGUAUAAUUAUGUUCAUCAUGCUUCAAAGUUGAAAGUUUUCAUCAAAGAUUUGAUUACGAACAUCAAAGGGAGACUGCCAGCUCUAACCUAAAAUAAUAAACGAAAAGUCUCCAAGUAUUAUUAGCUACUUCCCUUUUUUCAUAGAACUUUUGACAUAGCUGCCAACUCAGCAAAUUGUGUGGGUGCAUUCAGAAUAUGUGAAGUUUCUUAGGCAGGUAGGAGAGAGAAUAUAUUCAGAAAUAGUAACUUGAAAAAAUCAGUUUAGCCCUAAGUCAGAGUUUGUUUUUCUGGAGAGAGUGAGAAAAAGAGAAAAUAGACACACGUACAUACAUACAUAUAUAUGUAUAUAUAUACACAUACACACAUAUAAUUUUAAAUUGAUUGGCACGUCAAAUAGAGUGAAAUUGUUUUUAAGUUUAAAUUCUACCUAGCAGCUAUUUCUAUGCAAAUGUGAAUUCAGUACCAGAAAUGUCUAUAUAGUCAUGCUGAAUUGAAAUAGAUAAGUACUAUAACAUAUUAAACUGACAACCAGGUUUAGCAUUUGACUAAAUUGUUACUGCAGAUGAAACUUAUAUUACUUUUUCUGCUUGUAUAUUGUUUUCUGUAGAGUUUCUUUUAUACAGAUUACCUAGCAGAGUUCAGGUUUCAGAGAAUUGGCUUUGCUCAGUAUAUUUAUGCUCUGCUAUUUUCUACCUUUUCAGGAAAAUGUAUGAUAUUAUAAAAGCAAAGAAAGAAACCUGCUAAACAAAGCUAUAGGGUUUUAAAUUUAGUCACCCAACUUAAUCAUUCUAACAAGAUUAUUUGAUUUAGGGUGGUUGCCCUGGUGCUGCUCCUACCCAUGUGCAUCCUGAGCUUUGUGUGAUCUGCCUCAAGGCCAUGAUCUGAGCAAGCAGUGGACACACUCUGUUCUGCAUCAAAUCGGAAAAAAAGUCCUUUUGGCUAUGUCUAAAGGACAGGACCAACUUCAGAUGUCCUAAGUAGCCAGCUACAGAAAGCCUAGGGCACUGCUAUUUCUUGCAGGCAGUACUGUACUAAAGUUGAUCGUCAGGCUCUUCAAUACCAAGGGCAUCCCUACUGGUUGAGAACCAGGGGCUUUAUCAGCAAAUGGAAUCAUAGGAGUCCUCUGUAGUGAAUAAUUCUGAAAUACUUUGCUAGAAUGUCUACCUGAGGAAAAAAAUUUACAUAUAUACAUUUACAUACAUGCAUAUGUAUGUGUAUAUCCCUUUACUUAGGAGAUUGUCAUAGUGUAAGUCAGGAACCUUCUUGUUAUUGACAAUCCCAUAAUGAAACUCAGGAACCAAGACAAAAGGAAUUGGCUUCCAGGGAUCUGAACUUUACUGCCCAUACAAGUAUUGAUUCAUUUCAAUGCUUUUUAUGAUUUCUGCAUUGGCAGAAAUUUUCAUACUUCUAUGUUUUUUUAAUGACUCAAUUUUUUAUUACUAAAAAUAACACAUUUGAGUAUAUUUAGAAAAUAGAAAACAUAGAAAUUACUGUUAACCUUGUGCAUAGAAUAAGCAAGAAAUGGCAUACCAAUCAUUUCCUUGAUUAUUAAUAAGGUUAAGUAUUUGUUUCCUUCGAUCAGAUGUUCAUGUUCUUUGCCUUUGUAGUGCCUAUUGGAGUUGCUUUGUUUUUCUUAU